UUUGUUGUGCGUCAAAUCGUUCCAUCUUGUAAUCAAAUUCAAUCCGAUAUAUCGCUGAUAAUGCGGAAAUUAUUAAGAUAAUCUACGUCACGAACGAAUGUGAAAUGAGAACGGAAAUACAUUUCAUGAUAUACGCACAGUAUUGGGCGUGCAGAUAUGACAUGAUAUGAUAAUAUUAUUCUGACCGUUUCCUAAUUUUCUGUGUGCAAAAUAUUUGUGGAAAACUGCAUUCCGUUCUUUUGCGUGCCAUUGUUAUUUUCAUUGCGAAUAAAAGAACACUGUCAUAAAUUGUCGCGAUUGUAAUGCGUUUAAUCCAUAUGGGUCUCAACGAAUUAGUGCACUGGUAUCAAAAAAAGAUUGGUAUGUAUGAUAAGCAACAAUGGGAGAGAACUAUAGAACAACACAUUCUUGAUGGCCUUACGCAUGUUCCAAUGAAAACAACAAAACCUAAGACAGAACUGAUUGAUGUGGAUCUUGUUCGUGGAUCUUCAUUUCCAAAAGCCAAGCCACAGCAUGGUUUGCUCACAGUAGCUUGCCUAGCGUUUCAGCGACUCUUGUUCCUUCCAUUAUACAAAAAAUGGUGGAUACAGCAAACGAGUUAUCGCAUCUUUCUGCUUUUCUUAUUACUGUACAGCUUGCAAGCAAUCAACAUCUUUCUGUAUUAUGUUUAUGGAAACAGAGAAAACGAGAUGGAAAUUAUAUCAAUGUCAGAAGUAUUAGUACCUAUUGUUAUGAUGUUUGUUCUGUGCAUUGUUCAUUCCCAUAUCGUAUCAACACAUUCAGGUCCUAUUAUGACGUAUAAUCAAUCCAGGCAACGAAUAACAAGACGCUCACGUCAUGUUAGAUGCAGAAAUGGAAAGUCAAGGCCUAGACAAAAUUUACGUGUACAUAAGGAUUCAAAAUCUUCUCAAGAUAUGGUACUCGCCUCUGAUAAAGCAAGUACGGGGAGUGAAGAAAUAUUCACUGCUGUAAGAUUUGCUAAAAAAGUGGUGAUCCAGAAUUCCUCGACUUCCAAUCAAUCUCAGGAAUCUGCAAGUGCUCAAGUAGUGUAUGACAAAGAAUCAAUAAGUACAACUGGAGAAAAUUCUGACCCUACAAAUGAAAGUUCAACUAAUCGUGAACAGGAAAAUAAUGAUGCGCCAGAAGAACAUGUAGCAAAUAUACAUCAAGAUGAUGAUGGCUUUGAGAGCCUGAAUGGUAAUGUUUCCAGUGACAAUGAUAAAGUAAUAGGUCGUGGAUUGGGGCAAAGAAAUAAAUCACAACUGGGUGUAAUGCAGCAGAAUAAAGUUCGCAUGUCAUGGUCGGAAGAUAGCAACGGCCAGAUUUCAUCAAAGAAUUCAGCACCUGACCCGUUAAAAAAUGAUGACAAUUUUAUGGAUAGCAAAACCAAUAUUCACGGCAAUAUUAAGGAUAAAGACGCAUCAAAAAUAUUGGGAUCGAGAGAUGCACGGCAACAGUGCGAGAGUGAGGAAGAAGGCGAGUGUGAGGAAGCUACAACGCAUCAUCUCACGGAGGCAACGACUUCCGCCACAGAAUGGAUGGGAGUAACAACCAACAGUGACGAGUGUAGUUACAGCUCGGAACUAGGAGAAUCUGACAUAACCAGCGAGACUAAUCUUAAUUAUGGGGAAUUUGUGGAGCAUCCAUCUUCAUGGGAAUUUGAAUUGCCGCCUUCAAUAUUAUUUAAUUCCACUUGCACAUCAUCUGAUCGCGUUUCGUGCACGAUUUGGACGCGGCGUGAUAUCAAAAAGGCUGAAUUAUCAGUGCUCGAUAUUAGUUCAGCAAUUAUCGCCAGAGUCGAAUCCAUGCCAGAGGGCAUGAAUUAUUUUUACAGUGGUUUGAUACUUAGCAUCGCAUUAUGUCUAAUACCGUCGAUAAAACGCUUGAGUGAUCACACAGGACAAGACAACAUCGGUAACGCGUCUCUUAGUCUAUUACCAAACGAUAUGAUUCAGGCGAACUUGGAAACAUAUACCGAUAUCUUGUGUAGAAUAAUUGGUAUAGCAUUUGGAAAUACUUUUUGGGAACGAACAGUGGUAUUAAUUUCAACGUUUGAACGAUUUACGCUGUCCUGUUGUUUAUUCUUCAUGCUGGCAGUAGCGGAACGAACAUACAAGCAGAGGCUUUUAUAUGCGAAAUUAUUCUCUCAUUUAACAUCAUCUAGACGCGCGCGAAAGUCCGAUUUGCCACACUUCCGUUUGAACAAAGUGCGCAACAUAAAAACAUGGUUAAGCGUUAGAUCUUAUUUAAAACGAAGAGGCCCACAACGAUCUGUAGAUAUAAUUGUUUCAGCAGUAUUUAUUGUUACAUUAUUAUUGCUGUCAUUCGUAAGUUUGGAGUUAAUUAAAGAUCUUGAAAGUUUACAUUCGCGAGACAAUGUCGAAGCAUUAUUUUGGAGUUUCUCACUUGGGAUAUUUAUAUUACGAUUUAUGACGUUAGGAACAAAGAUCAACAAAAAGUAUAGAAAUCUCUCAGUUUUAAUAACUGAGCAGAUUAACUUAUAUUUGCAAAUUGAGCAAAAGCCACAUAAGAAGGAAGAGCUUAUGGUUGCAAAUAGCGUGUUAAAAUUGGCGGCCGACUUAAUAAAGGAACUGGAAAGUCCGUUUAAAAUCUCUGGACUCUCAGCCAAUCCAUAUCUAUACACUAUUACUAAAGUGGUGCUACUGUCAGCACUCUCAGGAGUGCUUUCAGAACUGCUUGGUUUCAAACUGAAGCUACAUAAAAUAAAAAUCAAAUAAAGCAAUAUGAGACGUAUAGAAGAAAUCAAGCAAUUCUCAAUCUCGUAUUGCCUUUUGGAUUUAAACUGAAUCUGUUCUUAGCGAAAAUUGGCUUAAUUACAUUUAGUAAAUGUUAUUUAGUUAACGUUAAUGUGCACUCUUUAGCUUAAUAACUUCGAGACUGUAAGUAACAAAAUCUUAUUUAGCUAGUCAAAUUAAUAACAAUUUAACAUAAUACUCAAUAUAUUCGAAAUCUAAAAAAUGUAACAGCAGAAUUUAUCAUUUUUAUUUGAGAAAAAAGUUUAUUUGAAAUUUGUCGAAGAAUCUGAAGAAACAUUUAUAUAGUUCUUUGUUACACCAUUAUUUCACUCAUUUUGAAAAAGCAUGCAUGAAAUUACAUGUUAGAAUAAUGAAUGUAUUUCAUUAAACUGAUUUCAUGGCCGUUUAAUUUAUCAAUACUAAAUUAUAAUAUGAAAGUGAAUAUAUAAUUAUCUGAAUGUAUUUAUAAAAUUUAUUAGCAUAAACGUACGUGUAGAUUUUCUGUUAUGCUAAUAAAUUAUAUAGUUCGGAUAAUUAUUAACUCACCUCCAUGUAGAUUAAAUUAUAAAUUAAAUAACUUAACGCACACAUUUGACAAAGCAAUACAUUUAUUGUAUGCUCUAUAAUAUUGAUUAACCUACGACUUUUUUGAGUUAUUGCAUAUUAUUAUUUUAUCAUUGCUAAUCUAUUAUGUUUAAUAAUAAAAAAGUUGUAUAAAAAUAAUUUUUAUACUUAAUGACAUGUAUCGAGUGUUUGGAAUCUUUUCAAUGUACAGUGUAAAUAUUGAAAAUUUAAAGGCCUCAUACAGGGCAAUAAAAGGGCUCGACAAACUGUGCAAGAAGGAUUUCCUUCAAAAAAGUGAUUUAUCUUAAAUUACAAUUCUGAUGUUUUCUGAAUGUUAUAAUUAAAUUUUAUAAUUGUUACGAAUGAGAAUCUAUUUUGUAUAUUACCUAGUAUCUGUUUUGUGACUACUAGUUUAGAUGGUAGUGUCUACUCAGAUUGAUAUGUUCAUCAAGCUUUAUCGAUAACGAGUUCAUCGCAUAUACCAAAAGGCUAUGAGGAUCAGUUAACAAUUAUCCAUCCAAAAUGUCUUUAUAAAAUUUACAAGUUUUAUUAAAAUAUUGAACCACUAAUAGAGAUUUGCAUUAAUAUUAAUUUUCAAUAAUUCCUCUUGCUUAUAGAAUGCUUAAUUCAGCAUUCUAUAAAGUUGUAUGUUUUCAGGAAAAAAAAAUGUUUUGAUUUUUCAGUUGCAUCACACUUUUCAGAUUUUAAUCUGAAUAAUUGCUAUUUUUCCUAAUGAAAAAUACAGACAUAUUUUCUUUUUUUAUUGCAGCCUUUGCAUAAAUUUUAUAAAUACAUUUCUGAUAAUUGUUAACUCUAAUAUAAUUUGACAAUUUGCAUAUAUACUUUUGCUGACAUAAAAUUUGAAAUGUGUGCAUAAUUAUAUAAUUCGAGAACACACUCGAAAGCGCAUGUAAAUAAUGUAUAAGAUAGAAUAUGUAUUAUGA